CAAGAAUAUUACAAAAAACCAUAAUAAAAACUUAUUAAAAAGAUACAUGAAGACAUAAUUACUACUCAAAUUUAAAUAUUAUAACAACACUAAUAGUCUGGUAAAUUUGCUCCGGAACCUCCAAAAUCUCCAAAAUAUUGUUCAACAAAUUUUGUGUAACCGAAGAUGAUUGUUGUUGUUGCUCUUGACGCAUUUUUCGUAUGAUUCUUUCUUGUUCAGAUCGAAUAUAUUCACGAAUAUUAACAUCAUCGAUAGAAGUUAAGUUUUUUAGCAAUAUUUUAUUUUCCUCUUUUAUUUCUUUAAAAGCUAACUUUUUUUGCUUCAUUUUGCAGUCGUAAUUCAAUCAUCUCAUGACCUUUUUCCCUGCUUGUUGUACUUUCGUUUAAAAGAUCAAGGAUUUUUUCGUUUGAUGAUAUCAAACUAUCAGCAGACAUAUUAUGAGGAUAUCCGGUUUCAACAAUUUUUGGCUCGUAAUCUACAAAUAAAAAAUAAAGAGAAUCAUUUUUUACUUCGAAAUGCACUAGUUGAUCAUAUAUGAGAGCAUUAUGGAAAUACUUUUAUGCAAUAAUGUAAUAUUUGCUUGCAGUUUAAUAUUUAAUUAUGUACUUUUAUUUAUAAUUUUAUAUUUUAGUGUAAGAUUUUUUUUAAUUAAUAUUUCUGUAAUAUUUAUAUAUAUGUAUUAGUUAUUUAUAGAAGUUUUAUGAAUUUACAUCAACUAUGACAAAUAUAAGGAUUAUAGUGUAAAAUAUAAAUAAUUUUGAAGUUAGGUUUGAAGUUUUACUUUUGGAGAAGAACACAUUGAAACUUCAAAUAUAAAGUUUUGGAAACUUCAAAAUAGAGUUUUGGAAACUUCAAAAUAGAGUUCUUUUUUGGAGAUGCUCUCAUAUGAUCAAAAGAACAAAAAGUGAGAGAAAUGGUCACAUCCCUUAUGGACUGGACACUGGUCCUUCUAAUCAAACCCCAUUUGGCGAGGACCACCACUGACACCGUGUGGGCACGACUAGCUGUCCUAAACACUUCUCUUCCUAAAUCUCAACCAGUACCGUAACAACUGUCUUUCUUCUCAUCAUUUGUGGGUCCCAUCUGAAUCUGAUUAUAGACCUACAUAUAUUUUUACCGUACAAGAUUUCAGAAAAAGCAAAACCAAAAGAAAAAGUCAAUGUCUGUACUUUGGUUGGUUAGUUUGUGCGCCUGUGGCAUGUGGGGAUGCCAUUUGGGAAUCUUUUGCACAUAUUUUUAAAACUAUGAUCGAAACUAUCUAAUUGUUUUUUUUUUAAAUGAUCCGAGUCAUAACAUUAAAUAUUAGAGACAUUUUCGUUUAUUUAUCGAAACAGAUAAAAUUCAAUUUGAAUAAGAGUUUACUAAUCUUUGAUUCUUUAUUAACAUAGAUGAUGUAGCAAAGCGGUCCAAAACUUUUAGUAUCCGGCUCCUUCACAUUAUAUCCGGAAAUUAAAGACAGCCCAAUGGAUAAAAUCUAUUAAAAGCCUAAACCUAAGUAUCAGGUGCAGGUAAAGCCCAUAAAACUAUCUAACUCUUGAGUUUUUGACAAGUAAGCAGAAAACUGUUUUGGCCAGCGGGACAAUAUCUAAGAUUCGAGACCGUCUUUAUCUAUUCAGAUAUACUCGGAUAUUUAGGUUAUCUGAAUCCAAAUAUGAAUCCGGGUAUUUAAAUUACAGAUACUGCAAAUCUAGAUCCAAAUAAUAAAGAAUUUUGAAAGUUGAUAUCCAGACCUCGAAUAAUGUAGUAUAUAUAUAAGAAAUUCAGUGUUAUUUUUCUAAUUAUAAUAAAGAAUAAUAGUGACUUUAAAUUUUCAAAAUAAUUUUGCAAAGAAAUUAACUUUGUUGGCAAAAUGUCUUUUAAAAUUUUUCAGCAUUUAACUUAUAAUUUUUUUAUCAACAAUCUUCAAAAUUAUAUAUAAAAGUACAAAAUCAACAUUUAAUCUGUAAUUUUUGCUAAAAACUAGAAAUUCAAAAUAAGUUUACAUCUGUUUACUAUUCCAAUCUUUUUUGUGUGAAAAUAAACUAGUAUGAUUUAUGCAAAAUAUAAUAGCGCAAUUUGAGAAAAUUAUUAUAUUAUGUAUUGUGAAAAAUAUAGUAUGAUUUUAAACUUUUUAUCCUAAAACGGAUUCAAAUGUCUGCUUUAUAUGCAUAUCCGAAUUUUGGAUAGCAAAUAUAAAGGUUUGAUGGAUUCAAAGUGUUUAAAAAGAAGAUGAUGGAUUCAAAAUCUUCUGAAAUUUAUGGAUAUUGAAUAUGUGCCGAUUUCUAUUUGGUGCAUAGAGCUCGGAGACGAAAUAUGCAAAUAUACAAGAGACAAACACUAGCCAUCUCUAAAAAAAUAAAGACUAAGCCUUUCCACUGAAUUAAUUGUAACUUUUAGAAAAAAGUCGGCCGCAAAAAUUUAUAAUUUUUAACGACCAGAAGCACGAGCUUCCUUUUGCAUUUUUCCAAGGCAAACACUGUAUAAAACAGUUUAGUUUUCUUUGUGCGUGGGGAUGAUACGGUCUUUUUUUUUAAAAGUAAUUAGAUAUAUAUGAUCACAAGUUCAAAAACUAAAGUUUAUAUGAACGUAGUCUUCGCCUAAUCUAAAUUUUUUUCUUUUCGCCUUUAACCUUAUAUAAGAUUCACCACACCUCCCACGAUACUCAUUAUCAGUCCAAAAAUAGCUUUCCUAUCUUUUCCAAUGGCGGCGACUGUAAAGGGGUCCACUGUAAAGCCCUCGACCGCAGCCAUGGAAAUAGAAGAAGGCGUCGAUGAGUUAGACCGGUGCGCGGUGGAGGAGGUUGAGUUAACCGUCCCAAAAACCGAUGAUCCAACGUUACCGGUUCUCACUUUUAGAAUGUGGGUUUUAGGUCUUGGAGCUUGUAUCAUACUAUCGUUCAUAAACCAGUUUUUCUGGUACAGACGGAUGCCAUUGUCAAUAACCGGAAUCUCGGCUCAGAUAGCGGUCGUGCCGCUCGGUCAUCUGAUGGCUAGAGUGCUUCCAAAUAAGAAGUACUUGGAAGGAUCAAGGUGGGAGUUUAACAUGAAUCCUGGUCCUUUUAAUGUCAAGGAACAUGUUAUGAUCACGAUUUUUGCCAAUUCUGGAGCAGGAACGGUUUAUGCGACUCAUAUACUUAGUGCUAUUAAGCUUUACUACAAGAGAUCUCUUCCGUUUCUACCGGCUUUUCUCAUAAUGAUCACUACUCAGUUUCUCGGAUUUGGGUGGGCUGGUCUAUUCCGUAAGCACCUUGUUGAGCCAGGUGAAAUGUGGUGGCCAAGCAAUUUAGUUCAGGUGUCUCUAUUCAGUGCCUUGCACGAGAAGGAAAAGAAGAAAAAGGGUGGCAUGACCCGAAUCCAAUUCUUCCUCACAGUCCUUGUGACUAGCUUCGCAUACUACAUUCUCCCAGGCUAUCUAUUCACAAUGAUAACUUCCAUUUCAUGGGUCUGUUGGCUUAGCCCAAAAUCGGUUUUGGUUAACCAACUCGGUUCAGGUGAACAAGGUCUUGGUAUUGGCGCAGUUGGUAUUGAUUGGGCUACAAUUAGUUCUUACCUUGGCAGUCCACUCGCUAGCCCGAUCGUCGCUACCAUCAACGUUACCGUUGGUUUUGUGGUGGUCGUGUAUGUCGUCACUCCGAUUUGCUAUUGGCUUAAUCUUUACAAUGCCAAAACAUAUCCCAUCUUCUCAAGUGGGCUUUUCAUGGGGAAUGGCUCGUCUUAUGAUGUUUUGAGCAUCAUUGAUAACAAGUUCCAUCUGGACCGAGACAUCUAUGCAAAGACUGGCCCUAUCCAGAUGAGCACUUUCUUUGCGGUUACAUAUGGUCUUGGGUUUGCCACUUUGUCCGCAACUAUGGUCCAUGUCUUACUCUUCCAUGGAAGUGAUCUAUGGAAGCAAACAAGAGGAGCUUUCAAGAGGAACAAGAAAAUGGAUAUACACACGAGAAUCAUGAAGAAAAACUAUAAAGAAGUUCCCAUGUGGUGGUUUUUGGUGAUCCUCGUAAUCAACAUUGCGGUCAUCGUGUUCAUAUCUGUGUACUACAAUGCAACCGUGCAGCUACCUUGGUGGGGAGUGUUACUAGCUUGUGCCAUUGCCGUGGUCUUCACUCCUCUUAUUGGUGUUAUCGUCGCCACCACUAAUCAGGCACCGGGUUUGAACGUCAUCACCGAAUAUGUAAUCGGGUACAUCUACCCAGAACGUCCGGUUGCGAACAUGUGUUUCAAAGUGUAUGGAUACAUCAGCAUGACUCAGGCUCUAACAUUUAUCCAAGACUUCAAGCUCGGUCUUUACAUGAAGAUCCCUCCUAGAAGCAUGUACAUGGCACAGGUGCUUGGGACGCUUGUGGCUGUGAUAGUCUACACAGGAACUGCUUGGUGGUUAAUGGCAGAGAUUCCUCAUCUAUGUGAUAAAUCUUUGCUUCCUCCCGACAGUGAAUGGACAUGUCCGAUGGAUCGUGUCUUCUUCGAUGCAUCUGUAAUUUGGGGACUUGUCGGACCACGUAGAAUGUUCGGUGACUUAGGAGAAUACUCAAACAUAAACUGGUUCUUCCUCUUAGGCGCAAUCGCUCCUUUCUUAGUCUGGCUAGCGACCAAAGCGUUUCCAGCUCAAAAAUGGAUCUCAAAUAUACAUUUCCCGGUUAUUUUAGGAGCAACCGCGAUGAUGCCACCCGCGAUGGUGGUUAAUUUCACGAGUUGGUGCAUCGUGGCAUUUAUAUUUGGACACUUCGUGUUUAAGUACAAGAGAGAGUGGUGGAAGAAGUACAACUACGUUUUGUCGGGAGGUUUGGACGCGGGAACCGCGUUUAUGACAAUACUGAUAUUUCUAGCGCUAGGACGCAAAGGAAUUGGAUUGGUGUGGUGGGGGAACGCUGAUGAUAGUACAAACUGUAGCCUCGCGUCUUGUCCUACCGCUAAAGGCGUUAUAAUGAAUGGAUGUCCCGUUUACUGACCUUGUCACAAUUAAGUAAAAAAUCCUUAUAGUUCGUUGUUCAUUCUUCUCUCUUAGUUAUUUUAUUUUAUUUUUAAAUCUUUUUUAUCAUGUGGUAGUGAAGUUAGUUGGUUUAUUGGAUAUGUUUUGUACAUAGCUCUACAAGAGCUUUUAUUUUUAUUUCGUUUUAUUCGUGGAUUAUUAAAGCU